UCAGAAAGUCUCUAACCCUUCUUUAUGAGGUAACGCAUUUCCGCCUGCAACUGUUUGCUACGGUGCCACGAUUUGACGGGACAUAGACAGAUAUGGCAAAACCUGCUCAAGGGACGUACACCUGCACCCUCAGAGAAGAUAUGUUGGAAAAAGCUAAGAAAGAAUUAAAUGAAGACCCAAAGACUCGUUUGCUUGAAAUAAAAGCUUUGAGAGAACGUGUUGAAAAGGUUCCAGGUUUAAGGAGUCGCACAGAAGAUACAUUUCUUCUACGAUUCCUUCGUGCCAGAAAGUUUGACCAGGAACGUGCUUAUAAACAGUUAAUACAGUACUAUCAGACGAGAAAAGAGAAUCCUGAUGUUUUUGAAAACUUGACACCAAAGAGAGUCCAAUUUCUCUUGGAAGCAGGAGUGGCAACAGUUUUGCAAGAUCGUGCCCCUGAUGGUUCUCGUGUUAUUGUGUUCAGACCAGGAAAGUGGGAUCCUGACAAGUGUGAUAUGGCCACUGUGAUUGGUAACAACUACCUCACCUUGUCAAAACUUAUAGAGGAAGAGGAGACACAGGUGUGUGGAGUAACGAUGUUGAUAGACCUGAAGGAGCAUGGGUGGCACCAGGCAAAACACGUCUCCCCCUGUACUGCCAAAAAAUUUUCAACCAUCAUUCAGGAAGCUUUUCCAGUACGCUUUAAGGGAUUGCAUUACCUGAAUGAACCAACAUUCUUUGAUGUUGUAUUUGCCAUUGUAAAGCAGUUCACGAAAGAAAAAAUUCUCAGACGUAUCCAUAUACAUGGUGACAAGAUGGAAUCAUUGCACCAGUUUCUACCAGCAGAUAUUCUUCCUAUGGAUUUUGGAGGCAAGCUGCCACCUUUAAAUUCUAAGCAAUGGAUGGAAAAACUACUUUCUUGUGAGGCUCAGUUUGCUGAUGAGAAUAAGUUUGGGUUUCUGGACAUGACCAUUCCUGCUAAUCCAAAAACUGGACAAGAUGCCACAGAGUCUUUGGGUGGAACUUUUCGCAGACUCAAUGUCGACUGAAACGUUCCUGAAAAAGUUUAUGCCCAGAUCUUUGUCUGAGAUCGUUUAUUUUUCUUAUAAGAAAUUUUAUUCAAACCACAACUGGAAAUGUAUACAUUGCUCUUAAUAUCCAAAUGUUAUAUGAUUGUAUCUUUUUUGUUUUGGAUCUUAACAUUUUAAGCUAAGACGAAACAGUUUUGAAUUAUUUUAAUGCCAAACUUGUAGUAAGACUACCAUAAGUAAAAUAUUUUUCCAAAGAUAU